GGGGGCGCAGUGUCCUGGGGUGCAGACGCGGGGUGUGUGGGGCGCAGUGUCCUGGGGUGCAGACGCGGGGUGUAUGGGGCGCACACUGUCCUGCGGUGCAGACGCGGGGUGUGUGGGGGGCGCAGUGUCCUGGGGUGCAGACGCGGGGUGUGUGGGGCGCAGUGUCCUGGGGUGCAGACGCGGGGUGUAUGGGGGUGCACGCCGUCCUGGGGUGCAGACGCGGGGUGUAUGGGGCGCACACUGUCCUGCGGUGCAGACGCGGGGUGUGUGGGGGGCGCAGUGUCCUGGGGUGCAGACGCGGGGUGUAUGGGGCGCAGUGUCCUGGGGUGCAGAUGCAGGGUGUGGGGGGCGCACACCGUCCUGCGGUGCAGACGCGGGGUGUGUGGGGCGCACACUGUCCUGGGGUGCAGACGCGGGGUGUGUGGGGCGCACACUGUCCGGUGCAGACGCGGGGUUUGUGGGGCGCACACUGUCCUGCGGUGCAGAUGCAAGGUGUGUGGGGCGCACACUGUCCUGGGGUGCAGACGCGGGGUGUAUGGGGCGCACACUGUCCUGCGGUGCAGACGCGGGGUGUAUGGGACGCACACUGUCCUGGGGUGCAGACGCGGGGUGUAUGGGGGCGCACACUGUCCGGUGCAGACGCGGGGUGUGUGGGGGGCACGUUGAGGAUCAGGCACGCGGCGCCAGCAGGCGAGGGCCUGGCCGCAAGGGCCUGCGGAGUGAACGCUCUGCUUCGCCGCGGCCAGGUCCUGCACCGUCGUUGGCCACUUUGGGGUGGCCGCACCCCAGCGAGACGCCCAGCUCCACCUGCGCUAAUCUGGGAGCGCCGUGCGGUCUCCCGCCCCUCCCUGCGGCCCCGCCUUCCUGCUCGGGCGGGCGCGAGCCAGGCCCGCCUCUCGGCGACCUUCCGGGAGGCGGGGGAGUGGGCGGUGCCUGGAGAGGCGGUGCCUGGAGGAGGCGGGGCCUGGAGGAGGCGCGGCCUGAAGGAGGCGGGGGGAGUGGGCGGUGCCUGGAGAGACGGUGCCUGGAGGAGGCGGGGGAGUGGGCGGGGCCUGGAGGAGGCGCCGGCCCUGCGCGGUCUGGCGGGCCCUCUUGCGCCGACAUGUUGCGGCCGCGUGGGCCCAGCCGGGGCGCCCCGCUGCUGCGGGCGGCGCUGUGUCUCGGGCGGGCCGCGUCGGGUGGGCCUGCGGGCCGGGCGGCGAGCGGCGGGCGCGGGCGCGGGCGCGGUUGGGUUCAGCCCGCGGGCCGCGACACGGGCGUGCAGGUGUACAACAGCCGCACCGGAAGGAAGGAGCCGCUGGUCGUGGCCCGCGCGGACGCCGCCUCCUGGUACAGCUGUGGACCCACUGUGUACGACCACGCACACCUCGGCCAUGCAUGCUCGUACGUUCGAUUUGAUAUAAUUCGAAGGAUCCUAACCAAGGUUUUUGGAUGCAACAUCGUCAUGGUGAUGGGUAUCACAGAUGUGGAUGAUAAAAUAAUCAAGAGAGCCAGCGAGAUGCAGAUCUCCCCUGCUGCCCUGGCCGCUCUCUAUGAGGAGGAUUUCAAGCAAGACAUGGCAGCCCUGAAGGUCCUGCCGCCCACCGUGUACGUGAGGGUGACGGAAAACAUUCCUCAGAUAAUUUCUUUCAUCGAAGGAAUAAUUGCCCGGGGGCACGCGUACUCGACGGCCAAAGGCAACGUCUACUUUGAUCUGAGGUCCAGAGGAGACAAGUACGGCACACUCGUCGGUGAGGUCCCCGCUCCGGCUGGAGAGCCAGCUGACUCCGACAAGCGACAAGCCGGGGACUUCGCCCUGUGGAAGGCGGCUAAGCCCCAGGAGGUGUGCUGGGCCUCGCCGUGGGGCAGCGGUAGGCCCGGCUGGCACAUCGAGUGCUCCGCUGCCGCCAGCUUGGUGUUCGGAAGUCACCUGGAUAUCCACUCUGGCGGGAUCGACUUAGCCUUUCCACACCAUGAAAAUGAAAUUGCUCAGAGUGAAGUCUUCCACCAGUGCGGCCAGUGGGGCAGUUACUUUCUGCACUCGG